AUUCUCCACCAAAUGAAGAUGACUCUAGUUUCGUCCAGGAUCAAUGGAAUCCGAUUGAAGAGCGAAAUUGAGAAAUCGAGCGAGAGUCUUCGUCUCCUGUGGUCGGCGUUGGAUUCGAGACAGCGUGUUCAGUACUCUCCUCUCUCAGUUUUCUUGCGUUUUCUCCACCUCUUUUGUCCCAGUUUUGCUGCGUGGAGAGGAUGGAGAGACUGAAUCUUGACUAAUGAGUCUCGGGGAACUUGGUUAGGAGCUCUGUGAACGUACGGCUACGGGGACAAUGAUCGAGGUUUAGAUAAAAACAUUUUGCCUUGGCGCAAAAUUAGGAAAAAAAAGUAGCAUGACGUACCAGACGAACUCCGGCGAAAAGCUCUGGGAUGCCAAGCAUGAGAGUCUGAGCGUUGAAAUUGAGCGACUUAAGAAAGAAAACGACAACAUGCAUAUUGAACUAAGGCAUCUUAAGGGUGAGGAUCUCAACUCCCUUUACCCAAAGGAAUUGAUUCCUAUUGAGGAGGCACUCCAGAUUGGGCUCACCAGCGUAAGGGAAAAGCAAAUGGAAAUAUGGAAGAUGCACAAGAAGAAUGAAAAAUUUCUAGAGGAGAACAAACAACUGACUUAUAUGCUGUUGACAUACCAAUUGGACCCAAAAUGGAGGAAUGAGUGUUUGAGCUUUGCAAAUUCAAAGUGGCGUCAGUACAAAACUCACCUCACCAAGACAUUCAUCCAACCAAAUAGAAAUAAUCUGAAGCUUCUCAACAAGGUACCUCAAGGACAUUGCAUUUCACCUGGAGAUUGGAGUAGUUUUGUGAUUAAUCGGAUGUCUGAAGACUUUAUAGUAAGUUAUUUAAGGUGGUCUUUUUUUAACUCUAGUUGAUAUAUGUGGUUAUAAUUCAUCUAUCACUUUGUAGAAAAAAAGUGAACUACAAAGUCAAAGAAGCCCAUGAAUUUUUUUUGUUGUAGUGUGUAUAUAGGUAUGUUGAUAUAUAUGCACAUAUAUAUAUUUUUUUAAGAAGUGCAAGAAAGCCAUUCGAAUCAUAGAAGCCCAUAAAUUUUAAGAAUUGGGUGUUCAUGUGAUAACUAUUAGCUGAAUGUCUAGGAUCUUAGUUCUAGGACAACUGAUAACUUCGAAUCUAGGUGAUUUGUUUUUUCAAAUGGUGCCCUAAGAUCUCAAUUUUUCUCACAGUGUUCGGUGAUAUGUUUUCGAACAAACGGCAUACCUUUUCUCACCUCCAGUUCUUUCUUCCAAAAAUAGCCCAACAAGCAAUACUGAUUCAAAAAAUUUUUUAAGGAACUAAAGGAACUUUAAAUCACAAAAUAAGACUCAUAUAUUGCAAACUUGAGGGGAACUUCACAUUUCUUCUUGCUCAAACUCAAUCACAUACACGUCCUUGCAAAAUUUUAGUUUUCUCACCCUCUCGAAUUGGAGUCUUCGAUUUCUCAAUGCACAGUGACAUUUAUCUUCAUCAUGACAAAAGUUUCAUGCCACAAAACCCAGCGGCAUGGAGUGCUUGGAACUUUCUUGGGACAACACAACACGGUGUGUGCCUUACAUAUUGGUUAAAUGUGUUACAGGUCAGUGCUUUAUUUUUGUCUUAGCAACUGGCCAGACAUGAUUAGUUUAGCAUCAUGAAUUCUUGGUGAGUUAAGAUUAAUAUUGUCAGAGCCCCAGUUAGUUGAACCUUUGGGAUACAACAUACUUUGAAAUUGUAUUACAACAAUGUCAAUGUCUUACAACAAUUAUAAGUUAUUGGGGGAUGGAGGAUUCAAGGGCUUCCUUUAUAUAUCUUUCUGAAAAAACAAUCACAAAAUUGCAUUUGCUAACUAUUUAGAUCAAUUAUACACAAUUUUGUGAGAACUUGUGGAAACAAUAAUAUUCUUGAUGAUUUGUUCAGCAUUGUUCAGAGUUCAUAGUUAACACAAGCAGUACUUUAGCAGUUACAUAAAAAUAAUGGACAAGAAUAGAGAAAAAUCACAUCAUGCGAAAGUAAUUAGGAAUUUUAAUAUGGUAAUACAUCAAGCUGGAAAGGAUCAAGGCAGAAUUGGUUAUGAAUUAGACAACAAUCACUUUAAUCUUUCCUUAAUACCUCCAUAAACUGAUGAUACUGAAUGCAUAUAAAGUUUGCAUGACAUAUAUCAUGAGUUAUAGCGUAUAGACAUUGUUUUAUAUAGAGGCUCCAUGGGAGGGUUGAUGUGUUUGGUAUAGAAAGUACUAGGGAAGAAGAGGGUGUCGUAAAGGAAAUAUACGAAAAUGUUUGCCGUAAGAUAAACCAAAGGAAGAAGAAGAUUGAUGUGUUUGAGAAUUUUGGCUCUGGUACUAUUUUUGAUAUUUUGUUAGGCAUCGUUUGAAGUUUAUGUCCAGUAAGAUACCAUGAUGGAUUGGAAAAGAUAUAGGAUGAAAGAGAUCAGCAAAAUAAUCUCUUUACUAAUAAACCUUGUACAGUCAAAAAAAAA